AUGGCCGACGAGUUAAUCCUUCUUGAUGUCAAUGUGAGCAUGUUUGGCAUGAGGGUUCGAGUCGCCCUAGCCGAGAAGGGCAUUGAGUACGAGUACAGAGAAGAGAACCUCGCGGACAAAAGCCGGCUUCUGCUCGAGUCGAACCCGGUUUACAAGAAGAUCCCGGUCCUGCUCCACAACGGCAAGCCGGUCUGCGAGUCGCUCGUCAUUGUUGAGUACAUCGACGAAGUGUGGAAGGACAGGUCGCCAUUGUUGCCGUCCGACCCGUACCAGAGGGCUCAAGCUAGGUUUUGGGCUGAUUUUGUUAACAAAAAGAUAUUUGACGCUGGGAGAAAAAUAUGGACUAGAAAAGGAGUAGAACAAGAAGCCGGCAAGAAAGACUUCAUUAAUGCUCUCGAGCUUUUGGAAAGGGAGCUCGGGGAGAAGCCUUACUUUGGAGGUGAAACAUUCGGGUUUGUUGAUGUGGCCUUCAUUAGCUUCUACUGCUGGUUUUACACAUACGAAACGUGUGGUGAUUUCAGCAUUAAAGAACAUUUCCCCAAGCUGAUUGAAUGGGGCGAAAGGUGCAUGAUGAAGGAGAGUGUAUCGAAAUCAUUGGCCGAUCCUAAGGAGGUUUACGAGUUUGUGCUGAUGUUGAAGAAGAAGUAUGGGUUUGAGUAG